AUGGGUAUGGUUGCAAGUGGCUUUAUUGUGGUUGCCGGCUACUCAACGUGGCUGAAAGGGCAAAAAAUACCCACUUGUGAAGUCAUCUUGAUGUGCCUCAGUUUCUCUCGGAUUCUCCUACAGGGAACCAUCCUGCACUGCACAUUUUCUUCCACGUUAUACCUGUGGGAUGUCCUCAGGAUACAGUCCGUUCUCCUGGUGUUGACCAGCACAGCUUGUCUAUGGUUCGCCGCCUGCCUCAGUGUCUUCUACUGUGCCAAAAUUGCCACUUUCACUCACCGGUACUUUGUCCUGGUGAAGCUGAGAAUCACAGGGAUGGUUCCGAUGUUUCUGGUGGGGUCGGCCGCCGUCUCUUUGAUUUCGUGCCUCCCUUUCAUCUGGAUGGAUGACAACAUCCCACUCUGCAACUCCACCGGGAAUCUUCUGAAGAACCUCACUGUGGAGAACCGCGUGGGAAGCAUCUCCAACCUGAACGUCUUCUCCAUAUAUCUGACUUGGGCCAUCCUUCCACUUCUGCUUUUCGUGGCCUCGUCCACGUUGUUAAUCACAUCUCUGUGGAGACACACCAGGCAGAUGAGGCAGAGCACCAUGGGUUUGAAGGACCCGAGGACCGAGGCGCACGUCGCGGCCAUAAAAUCCCUAAUCUCAUUCCUAAUACUCUACGUCUGCAGCUUUGUAGCUGAUAUACUGCUUGGGAUUCCUUCCUGCGGAGCUAGACAUGAAUGGAAGAGAAACAUCUGUUUGCUGGUGAUUGCCAUGUGCCCUUCUCUGCACUCCGUUCUGUUAAUCUUCUUUAACUUCAGACUGAAGUUGGCGUUCAAAAACGUCCUGCUUUACCUAGCGUGCCGUCAGAAAAAAAAGACUACAGGUAGUUCUUGA